UGACAUAAGGAACCAAUAUGGCUCCACCAUCAGCUGCCUCUUUUUAUAUGUAUUAAAUAUGAACGUACCAUAAAUGUAAAGGAAAUAGAGUUAUCGAGUUUGCUAGAGAUUAAAGUUAUAUACUUUCUUCUUUCUUUUUGUUUUUAUAAAUUAGAAAAAAACGAAUGAAUUUUAUUAAAUGUACUUGUAUUUAUUUUAUUAAUUUUUGGUUAAAUAUUCGGAUGCAGUAAUUUAAGAAAAACAAUUUGAUGUAUGAAAGUGUCACGCCUGUGAGUUGUCAAGAAAUCAUUUUCAUUCAUAUAUCUACAUUCGUUAGGUGACAUAAUUGUGCGGAAAUCAAAAUCAUUAUUUUCGUUAAUUAAUUAUUUUUCAAAAUUGUCAUAAUGGAGGAUAUGCAAGAAGAGACUCAAUUUGUUGUUGAUACCGUAAGCAAGAUAAUAAAAGAGGCUAUCGAAGUGUCUAUUGGUGGAAAUGCUUAUCAACAUAAUAAAGUUAAUCAAUGGACAUCGAACGUUGUCGAAGCAUGUUUAGGAAAUUUAACAAGGCUGCAAAAACCAUAUAAAUAUAUUGUCACGUGUACGAUUAUGCAAAAAAAUGGAGCAGGAUUACACACAGCGAGCUCAUGUUUUUGGGAUAAUGCCACAGAUGGAAGUUGUACUGUACGUUGGGAAAACAAGACCAUGUAUUGCAUUGUUUCUGUAUUUGGUUUGGGAAUCUAAAAUCUGAAGGAUAACAACUUUCCAAAUAAUCUAUAUAUUUCAUGAUUAAGUAAUAUAUUUAGUAAUAUUAAAUGAAUAAUUAAUUUAAAUUAUAUUAAACCCCUUGCGCUGUAACAUUGCAUGUGAUUUGUAAUAAGUUUUACGGUCUAAACAUGAGAAACAUGAGUCUUAUUCAUGGUGAAUCUUACAGUCUAAAGAUAAGAAGCACGAAAUGUAGCACCGAAUAUGGCACACAGUUCUAAGCAUUAAAUCAUAGCGUAAGGGGUUACAAAAAUGAUUAACAUAUACGUACGUAUAUGCAGCUAUUCCUGCACAAAUUUAUCUCUCUUUUUUUUUUUACUUAUAUCUUUUUUUUUUUGUAAUCUUUAAAUCGAAUGUAAAGAUAUAUUUAAAUAUUAAUAAGAGGACGAUCUUGAAAGUAAUAUUUCUGUACACAAAAACGCUUUAUUAUAAAUGUACAUUUAAUUGCGAUAACUUAUAGAUAAAUUGCAACAUAUAGGAAAACGAUAUUUAACAUUUUAAUUUACCGUCGUUAAUAAUUUGUUUCUCUUUUUUCAUUUGAGUAUUUAAACUAAAUUUUCGCUAUUUAUAAUUAUUUUAUGAUACACAUAUUUCUAUAUUAUGUCAAUUUAAAUAAAUCUUAUUAUUUUCUA